GUUCUUUUAUUUUGAUUUAUAAUUUUUACAGAUGCAGGCAACGUGCUUGUGGUCAGAGCUAAUGAAAUGGAGGCCGAAUCAGAGCGUUAGCUUCAGGAAUGGGAAUUCAGUGUCUGUUCUGGUUCCACUUCCCUUCACAAUUAUCAGCAAAAGCAAAAGUUUAGAAGAGAGACAUUACCGCUAAUAUACUUAGAAACAAUCCCAUAGCCACUUCCCACAAUGAAAGAACACUAAAACCUUUCAAUUUGAUGACCAACUUAACAAGGGGUGAGAGAAAUAAAUGUUGGAGAACAGGAAACAGUCUUCCUUUUUACUGCCAUACAUGUUAAAUACUGUUCAUGGAGUCACAAAAAUCGUUUACCCCUUACAGAAACCUGGAACCAGAAGGAGCUUCAGAAACUAAGUGGUACAAGUACUUUCACUGUAUAGGCAAGAAAACUGGGACCCACACACUUGUCAGAACCAGAACCUUGACAUUCUGAAAUCAAGUUCAUUGCUGUCAUCAUUGUUCCAUGCUGAGAGUUUUCUUAGGAAAAACGAGGAAGUGGGGGAAUCUUUCCAAAAUUGUGACUAUGGAGCUCGAAGGUACUGAUUUAAAUCUUGAGUUAACAGACCAUACAGGCUUUACUUAAGAGAUAUUCAAGCAAACUCAUUUAAAUAACUCCUCCAAGCUAACCCUAGAAAGGCUUUCUUGGCAGUCUUGGAUCAAUGGCAAUUAAACUUCCAUCCUCGAGCUGGAAAUAACAAACACCAAACGUAAAUACCAUCUGUCACAUUCUCGAUGUUCUCCGUGUCUCUCUACCUAGUCUGCUCUUUUCUGAAAACAACUGGGACACAUUCACUCCAACUUGACUUGCCAUAGGCCUAGUCUGUGAUAGGUUUCAUAAUAACAUCCUUCAACAUAGCGUUGUUAAGAGCUGGCGCGGUUUGGGUAUGGCCACAACUGCCUCUGCUCCUUCUGUGCAUUACACACACUGUGUAUUCCAGACACUGUGUAUUCCAGGCCAACGAAGGGGUAAGAUAUGGCUGCAUUAUUUAGGGCUAAGUGCUAAAUGUGCCCGACUCCCUCGCUGAACAGCUAACCAUUAGCAGAUUUUAGAGUAGUUGAUUUCUUAGCCUACUCACUUCCUGCAAUCCGCUUUCCUAACCAGGCCUAGCUCCAAUCUGACUGGGUAGAACAGACGAUGCCAGCACAGUCAACAGCCAUAUCUUAAGCCUUUCCUCUGGGGUCCACGAAAACAAAACUCCCGAGGAGCUGUGGGGGUGCUCCGUAGCAAGGGAUCGUCGCCGAAUCCAGCCCGCACACGUCGCAGCUUUAAAUAGGUAGGGUCGUGGGGCCCAGUGCUCCCUUCCAUCUUUGGACGGAAUGUAUCUUCUCUUCCUAUGCCUUCACCUCCGAGUGGAAGAAGAUGCAAGCCAGCCCCAUCCGUAUCCCAACUGUUAGCAAUGACAUCGACUGGGAUUUCUGCUUCCGUAUGUCACAGCAAACCGAGAUCCCAGCUCACCAGCAAACAGAUAAGUUGUAUCACACCAGUGGAUGUGGAGAGAGUGAAGAGGAAACUAAAACUAAAGAAGAGGAGAAGGCCAUAGACUGUAUGUCUCAUCCCAGAGAGAAAUUAGCCCAAUCCCAGAAGAAAGUAGCUCAGCUGAUUAAGGAAAAAAUGAAUACUCAAGCAAACAAGGAGCUGAUUCGAUGUGCCAUCCUUUCUCGGAUUAUUUUUGGGGACCAUCACUGGAAAUGUGCACAAGCUCUGACCAACCUAGCUUAUGGCUACUUGACACUGAGAGGCCUCCCAGUUCAGGCCAAGAAACAUGCUGUGUCAGCCAAGAAUACACUGUUGACCUGGAAGGCAAAUACGACCUCAGAUAAGGAGAAAGAGGAAAUCCUGGAAGCUCUGGUCAUGCUGUACUACACUCUGGGGGUGGCCUGGCUCCUGCAGAACCGUGGCAGAGAAGCCUAUUUCAACCUGCAGAAGGCAGAGAGAAACAUGAAGGAGCUGAAAGAAUUAUACGAAGGAGGCGUUUGUGAAUUACAAGUCUCUGAGAAAGACCUAACACUUGCUUUGGGCAGAGCCUCCUUGGCCAUCCACAGAUUGAACCUAGCACUGACAUACUUUGAAAAGGCAAUUGGCGAUGUUAUUGCUGCCAAGGGUGACAGGACGUCAGAUCUGAUCAGCCUGUAUGAGGAAACUGCUCAGAUCGAGCAGCUAAGGAGGAAUCACAACCAGGCCAUCCAGUACUUGCAGCAGGCUCAUUCUAUCUGUGUUUCUUUGUUCACUGAAGUCAGCCCCAAAACUGCAGAAACGAGUGCGUUACUGGCCAAAGCUUAUGCCAUGUCUGGAGAGGCCCAGCACAGGGAUGCUGUUGAGACAUAUUUCAUAAAAAGUAUCAAUGCAUAUCGAGCAACACUGGGCUCAGAGGAUUCUGAAACACUGAGCACCACUGAAGAAUUUUGCAAAUGGCUUGUCCAAAAUGGAGAAAAACAGGUCUUCUGUUACCAAAUUGAAAACCUUUAUACACAACAGCCAACAAUAAAGACAACCUUGUUGAUGAUAAAAAUUCUCGACCACAAAAUGUUUCUCAACAUUGAUAGCAUUGGCAGAUCUAAAACAGAACGGUUUUUUAUUAAGGACUCUGGGAAAAGAGGUCCACUUAGCAGCAGCAUUCCAGGUGAAAUACCCAAGAGCCAUUAGAAACUAGGAUCCUGGCCAGGCACAGUGGCUCACGCCUGUAAUCCCAGCACUUUGGGAGGCCAAGGCGGGCGGAU